CGCGGCUCAGCUGUUCGGUCCGGGGCUGCGUUUCCAGCCGGCGGCGGGGCAUUUGCUGGGCGGCUCGCCUCGCCCGCGCAUUACUGCUUCCGGGAGGGCAGCUGGUCGCGGCGGGCGGAAGGAUCUCUCUCUGGCCGCCGCCUCUUCCUGCCGUGCAGCCGACAGACGCCGCUGCUGCUCCUCUCGCGGUCGCACCCUGAACGGCAAGUUUUACCCACCUGGGCGACCGAGGCCGGGAUGAGUCGGGCCGGGCCCCUCUCGCGCUGCGAAGGAGCGGCCGGCCGGAGAGGACCGCCGGGCAGGAGCGUGAGCAGAAGGGCAAGGCUGCUGGGCUUCCUCUGCCUGUGGCUCCCUCAGCUGCAAUGCCAGGGGCCCGGGUCCGUCCAGCCCGAGCAGGUGCACCUCUCUUACCCAGGAGACCCCUCCUCCAUGGCGAUCACCUGGACCACCUUUGACCCAGCGGAAUCCAUCGUGGUCUUUGGCCGGGCUCCAGGGCCAUUGGCUCACAGGGCCAGCGGAAAUGCCACGCUGUUUGUGGAUGGCGGCAGCCUGGGCCGUGCCAUGUUCAUCCAUCGAGUCACCCUCCGUGGCCUUGUUCCAGGGCAGCGCUACACCUAUCGCUGUGGGAGCAGGUGGGGCUGGAGCAGGCCCUACGGAUUCCGGGCGUUACUGAGCGGCAGCAGCUGGAGCCCCCGCUUUGCCCUUUUUGGGGACCUGGGCCUGGAGAACUCCCAGUCCUUGCCCCGGCUGUACUGGGAGACCCAAUGGGGCUGGUACGAUGCAGUGCUUCACCUUGGGGAUUUUGCCUACGACUUGGACUCGGAUAACGCCCUCGUUGGGGACGCCUUCAUGCGGAAGAUCGAGGCAGUGGCUGCCUUCGUGCCAUACAUGACUUGCCCGGGAAACCACGAGGAGAAGUACAACUUCUCCAACUACCGGUCCCGCUUCAGCAUGCCUGGAGACGCCGAGAGCCUCUGGUACAGCUGGGAUGUGGGCCCUGCUCACCUCAUCGCCUUCUCCACUGAGGUGUAUUUCUACCUGGAGUAUGGAGAGCAGCUGGUUGCCAAGCAGUUCCAGUGGCUGGAGAGGGACCUCCAGGAGGCGAACCAGCCUGUGCGGCGUGGGGAACGCCCCUGGAUCAUCACCAUGGGGCACCGGCCCAUGUACUGCUCCAACAACGACAGGGAUGACUGCACACAGUUUGAGAGCACCGUUCGCAAAGGACUGAAGCCAGACCGUUAUGGGCUGGAGGACCUCUUCUACAAAUACGGGGUGGAUCUGGAGCUGUGGGCCCACGAGCAUUCAUACGAGCGACUCUGGCCGGUCUACGACUACAAGGUUUACAACGGGAGCACCACAGCCCCUUAUACCAAUCCCAGCGUCCCUGUCCACAUUACCACCGGAUCAGCUGGUUGCUCGGAACGGCUGGACCCCUUUGUCCCAGACCCACGAGAAUGGAGCGCUGUGCGGAUUGAAGAUUACGGAUAUGCCCGCAUGCAGAUCGUCAACAAGACUCACCUCUGGCUGGAGCAGGUCUCAGAUGAUCAGAAUGGGAAAGUGGUGGAUAAGAUUUGGCUGAUCAAAGACCGGCAUGGCCCAAGGGGCUGGCACUAGCCCUCUAUUUGGGAGCCCCGAGAAGACAUCGUAGACCCAGCAGCUUCCAUGGCAAACUGGCAAACUGGUGUUCUCUGGCUCAGAUACGGAGAUCCUUUCCCCUGUCUGCGGAGGGGGUCAAAGAAUCAAGAUGGUGACCCCGACCUGUGGGAAAAAGAGGGGGAGCUGCAGUGAUGUGGCUGCAGCUGCCCUCUUGCCUUUCUUGAUGCCUCCCGGACUCGUCUGUCCAUCCUGAAUUUAGGGUUAGCUUGAGAGAGAAAUAAUGUGUUCUCAUGUCCCUAGUGCAAGUUGGGUGCUGAGGGUGGAGUAUCUUAACACUGAUAGGAAUCUGCUUUCUGCCUGCAGCGCUCACAACUUCUACUACGAAGCAUAUAAAUCUCUGUUGUUCUUUAA